AGUAGACUAGUACUGUAGUAGACUGUAGACAGUGUGGUGGACUGUAGAGGAAAUGAGAAUCCUAUGAUCACAUGUGUUUUCUUACAGAAGCAGAAGCCAGUACAGUCAGUGAAUGGUUACUACCAGCUGACUGGCGUAGUCUCUCAUUUGGGAGGCUCCGCAAACUCCGGGCACUACAUUAGUGACAUAUUGCAUGCCAGUGGAAACUGGUUCUGCUGUAACGACAGCCAGGUGUCAAUGUCCAAUGAAGCCACUGUGCUGAGGACCAGAGCCCGGAGUGCCUACAUGCUCUUCUAUAUGUUCAGGGCAAUAGAGCGGGAGGCCCCAGCACACAGGGCCUAACAGGGCCACCAGCAUCAGCCCCAGCCUAAACAGGGGCAGCACCUGGACCAGCCUCCAAACACUCAGACCUGUCUCAACAGGGGUGGUACCAGGCCCAGCCUCAAAACCCCCAGCCCAGCCUCAACACUCACACACCUGCCUCGAAAGGGGUAGCACUUGGCCCAACAUCAACAACCCCGAGCCCAGCCACAACAGGGGCAGCACUGGGCCCAACAUCAACACACCCAGCCCAGCCUCAACAUGGGAAGAACCAGGCCCAGUCUCAACAUGGGCAGAACAAGACCCAGCCCCAACACCCUCAGACUUGCCUCAAUAAUGUGAUUGGGAUGCUUAAUAUCAACAAUGUUUACAAUGACGCCACACCCUUACUGUACCACUGUGACCUGUCACUAUUAAAGGCUGUGUGACGUGACAUACUGUCUUUUCUUAUCUCACGUACACUCCUUUACGUAUUUAUUUGGACAGUGAAGCUACAACUUUUCAUUUGGCUCUAUACGCCAGCGUUUUGGAUUGGAGAUCAAAUGUUUCAUAUGUGGUGACUGUACAGAAUGUCACCUUUAAUUUAAUGAAUGGUAAAUAAUGUUGAGUGAGAAAGUUACAGAGGAUCAUACCCCCAAGACAUGCUAACC